UGUCUGAUGGCAUCGGCGUCUUGAAAAAUGCGGCACAGCAACAGUGAACUGAGUGGCCUUGUGGAGGACAAAGAGAUUGCUGCCAGAGCCGUCGCCUUUGUUGUCAACAGCACACGCAAGGGAAUAGUGCCCUUGUGUGCCGACAUCGCCAACUUGUUACGCGCCAAGCGUAGCUUAGAGAAGAAGGUAUUUUUGCUGAAAAGAGAAAAUGAAGCCCUGCGAGGCUCCACAGGCGUCAGCUUCCGUACCAGUCACUCCACCAGUCCCACACCUCCAUCCUUCUCCUCUUGUACAGACAAGUCUCUCCUUCAUGAACAAGUUGCCUUUGUACAGGAGAGAUCACGUCCAUGUUCCCGCUGCAGCCAGUGUUCAAGCACUCUGAGCAACUCUCCCAAACUUGAGAAAAAUCAUAGUUUUAAAAGCCAUCUCCACUCAACACCAAGUUACCAUGACAAUCAUCGCUCCCCUAGGACUACCCGUCGACCACCAAAUGGAGUGACCACUCAGGCUGUGGUGCACUGUUUGUCGGAAACUUCUGGUCAUGAUACAAACUGUGAUGGAAGCAGGGGACUAGGGAGGAAGAACUCUUUGCCUGAAAUUAUAUCUGAGCCUGAUGACAUGGUUCUCCGGGUCAGUCCCAAGAUUUCCAAGGAAGUGCAGUGCAGGCUGCUGCGUUACAAUGACUCCCCACUAGAAGAGCAGUUCAUAGAAACUGUGAGAUUGAACUCUAAGCUUGCAGAGGAACUUGGAUCAGCCAAGAAAGAAUUAGAGAUUUUGAAAGGACGAUUGAAAGAACUAGAAAUGAACCAACUUGCCAGAGAAUGUUGGCAAGAACAACUCCAUGUUGAGAAUGAGUGUGAUGAUAGUUCUCUCAGUUCUCCUGAUGAUCACCUUCUGCAGCAGCCAGAGAGUACAGCUAGCACAACAGGCAAGCGUCACUAUGUUGCAAACGGCAUCUCCCGGAGACGCCUUCACUGUCAGUUGUCCUCUGCACCUGGCAGUGUUCUGUAUGCAGAACCGCUCUAUGGGUGCAAGUGCAUGGCUUGUGAAGAGGCCAUGGGGGGUGAAGCCCAUGCAUUACUGGCGCAAACGCUUAAUCAGGAGCUUCAGAAGUUUCCUGUAAAUUCCAAGCUGCAGGUUCAGCUUGGGGAUCAUGUAGUCAUCAAGGGGGAGCGAACUGGCCGCAUCCGCUAUAUUGGUCACCUGGACAAGAUAGGACAACCUAAUAUGGUCUUUGCUGGGCUUGAGCUGGAUGCUCCAGCUGGACGUCAUGAUGGCUUCUUUAAUGGAAAACGUUACUUCUUCUGCCACAAGGAUCAUGGAGUGUUCCUGCCACUUCAUGACAUUGUUUGCAAAGUGCAGCCAAAGAAGUCUAAUGUCAUGGAGAAGAGUUUUGCUCAAGACAAACCACAGGUGAAAGGCAUACCUGAGGAGAUUCUGCAGCUACACCAACAUUCACUGUGGCCACAAAAACAGGUGGAUGGGGUUGAGAAAAAUGAUGCUUCAAAAUACUCAAAGAGUGAAAGUGUAUGACACAGCAGAGCUAGAGUAAGUGCAAGAAAGAGAAAGAGAGGUCAGUUAGAAAUGCUGCAGGUUGAGUGGUUUGUCUCAUGUAGGUGAGCUGCAUGCUUGGUGGAGAGUGAAUGAGAAAAAGAAAGGGAAAAAUAUGCAGGUUACACUAAAAAGCAUUGUAAACAUUGCUGUGAAUUUUUUUUGCACUCAUCUGCCUAGUUCCUUGUAACAAAAAUACUGAUAUUACCUACCCACCCAAAAAUGAAAUAGAUAUGGGCUCUUGAUUAUAUCAGUGCAGCAUCUCAUGUUUGUAAAUCUUUCACUUCAUCUUAGGUCACCAUUUCUGUCAGUAAUGAAGGAGAAGUUGAUUCUGUCACCUUGUUUUAGUUUGAUAGACUGGAGUUGGAGGGAAAACUGAAUUGAAGAUGUAUCUGCAAAGAGUAUUUACACAUCUUCCAGUCUCUGUCAUUCUGCUGUGGACAAGAUUUUAAGAGAAGGCUGUUUGUUUUUUUUUUAAAUAUCUGUAACAGUUAGUUAUUGUUUCAUCCUGGAACUUUGAAUUUGUGUGAUCAAAGUUAUUGUCAAGUUUUGUGAUUAUAGAAGAUUAUACUUUAAAGCAUGAAUUCAUCCACAAUGCUCAUUGUCCCUCUUACACUGCAAGCAAAAUCAGUCAGUAAAUUUUAAUAUGCAGGAAUAACGUCUUCAACUUUUAAAAUCUUAUACUUUGUGUGUCACACUUGUUGAAAAAUGACACUUUGUUACCUCUUUGAACUUUGUUCUUUACACAUCUGUUCAGGGUUAGUCUUCAGUCAGCAGCAUGUGUUGAUGUCAGUGCUUGUAAAUGGUCAUUUGUUGCUCAUCUGUCUGUGGAUCUGCAGUAACAUGGUUGCUAACAUUUGGUUUUAUAUUAGAUUCUGCUAUCUGCGUAUUUUCUUGAGGGUAUUUCUAGAAGACAGGUAUGUGAUAACAUGUAAAACACAUGGUGUAUGUGAGUGCAUAAUAAUAAGCAAAUUUUAGAUUUAAAAAACCUUUAAAGCUAGCAUACAUCACCUGCUUUGGUUGUUUAAGAAUCCUCACAGACACAGACAUGCAUGUGAUCUGUCACAAUUUUGUCCUGCUUUAUGCUGUUGCAAAGUCUUAUUCCAUACCACCAUGACCUUUUCCCCACACUACUCAUAUGGAUAUUGGAAUACAUUUUCUUUGCACAUAAUUACCAGACAAAGUAUCAACCAUAACUAUUUGUUUUUAUGAGUUUUUUAUUGUUAACCUUGCUUGAAUCCUGCUUGAAAAUACCUUUUUUUUAUGGUUUUAUCUGCAAAAAAGACUUAACCCUGCCACGAAGGGAUUGAUAACUUUCUUCCCUGUUCUCUCUUUCUCUCAAAAAAUAAUUGGACUGCCUCAAUGGCUGCAACAUUAAUUGCUGUUAGCAGUCCCAAAAUGUGGUAGCCAUCUUUACUUUACUUAUCAACUUCCUGCUUCUCCCUACCCUACCAUCUGUUUCCUUCACAGCUGUCUAGAAUAGUGGUGAUGCUCAAAUUUCUUCCAUUCCAGCUAUGGUGCUCUUUGUAACUUGACAUGAGGCUAUUUUGGCACUGGCUUUUAGACCUACAAAAAUUUGCCAGGAAAAAAAGCUGUAUUUUUUUUUUUUUUUGUUCAAGCAUGUUUUGGUCUUGUGUUCUCCCUGCUUCUAUAAUUACUCUGUUCCUCAGCUUUCUAACAUGCACUUAACCCCUAAUGUAUUAUUUUUUUUAAUCUAUAGCAAAUGCAAGUUUCUCAGUUCCUUAGUUUUUCUUAUGGGUCUGACUUAGAUAAGAAAUAGGAAGCAUGAGUAAAUACUAAAAAUCUUCAUUUGAGUGAAGCUUUUGUAGUUUUUCCAAGCUUGAUUAAUGGCAACAAAACAGUAAUUUGUGUGUACAAGCUGCAUCCUGCAAAAUGUUAUGGUAACAGUGGGGCAUUCCCUACCAAUUUACUUUCAAAACAGUCUCCAGAAUCAACCACUGAACUUAGUAACAUUGCCAAGUUAAUGAUACUUCAUGAUAUACAAGGCAAAAUGUAUGACUAAAAAAUGUGGUUAAGCAUUAUGUAAACUUUUCUAAUAAUCUGAAAUGGUUGUGCUGGUGUAGACUAACAAAUAUUAUUUCCCAUUUUCAGACAUUCUGUUCUCAAACCCUUAGCUCAUGCUUUCAGAGUCACUGAAGAACAACAUUUUUAUAUUUUCCUGUAGCGAAACAAAAAUAAAUCCUAAAUUGUUUUGUAAGUAUUCGUAACAUGCAGCUUGUCCUUUUCUGCUUUUCAUUACUCUAUUCACCCCCAGUACUAUUUUUAUUUUGAAUCUAGGAAUUGUUCACAUCUUCUACCAGAGCCUUAUUCUCUGAAGACUAAUAAAUUAUACAUGUGUUUUUUUAAAUGUUAUUCUUAUGCAGGCAUGUUGGAAACUAUUAAUUUUUACUUAUAGCAUUAAAAAAAAAAAAAUCUGAUUCCUGCAUUGUAAUGUGAUGAAUCAAAGAGUGUCAAGUCAUCAAUAAGGAUGGUAACAUGGGAUGGGGGAGUGCUUUUGUUUUGGCAUGCAAACAUGUUUCAUGUUGAUCUUCAGCUGUACUCAGUAUUCCUUAACAAAAGUGCUAUAUUGUUUCUUUAGCUGGCUUAAUAAUAGCAUAGACCACAAGCUUUUCUCAUCCUCAUGUGACCUAUUUUGUCCAAUUUUUAAUGAAUACAUCAUCUGAGCCUUGUGCUGCAUUUUUGUAAGGUUUACAAAGAUGUGUUGUUUUUAUGUUUCUUGGCAGAGAAGUUAACUCUUCAAGCAAAUGUUGAUGUCUAAUUUUUAAAUGAGACAGCUGGAAAAUUGGCAAGUCUCAUUUUUUCUUGUGAAGAACGCUUGAUGCGGGUGAGUUUGCUGGAAGUGGCAGGGUGCUGGGCACAUAUGAUGAUGUGUAUCUUUGUUUUCUGCUGUUACAUUUGCAAAUGAGUGGAUGAGUAUUAGUCUAUAAACUGCAAGUUUAUCAUGCAGAAGAUAUGUGUGUGAUAUACUCUUCUUCUGGGAGGACUGUUUUAUGCUUUUGGGGUUUAUCAAGUUACUUGCUUUGUCAUGACUCGACAUUUUUGUGUAUUCAACACUAGAGAGUUGACUUUGUUGAAACAGUUUGACAAUAGGCAAUUAUGCUUUGUAUGUGUGCCUCCUGACGACAGAGGCAACUAGUGAAGCUGCCUCCGAGUACUAUUGACAGGAAUGCGUGGUAAGUCUGCUCUCACAUUGUCUAAUUAGUGUGUAUGUGGUGGUAAGGAGCUUUGCUUCUCGUCCUAACUGGUCUCUUGCCCAUCUAUAAUCAUGCUUGUUACCAAGUGAAUUUUCUGUUACCUAUAACUUGGCCUUAUUCGACGAUGACAGCUUGAGUUAAGUCAGAUCAAAUUCUUUGCUGUGUAGACAUAUUUUGAAUGUUCAAAAUGUACAUUUUAAAUACACUCUUUCACAAUUAUGCUUUAAAGGUUUUAGCAGACAGCAAACUGAGGAUAUAAGGCUCAAGCAGCUUUGUAACUGUAUGUGUAAGAGGUCUACCUAUGACAAGUACUGUAUAGUGCUGUGAUGACAACUAAAACCAGAAGAUUUUUAAAUCAGAAUAAACUGACAUAUCUUAAACACAAGUUUGCUGGAUGUCAUGCAUCAAAUUAGCAAAAGCUCACAUUUUAGAAAUGUUUAUUAUCUGUUGAAUAUAAAAACAAGUGUUUAUUGAAUAUGAAGGCUGAUUUCACAUCAGUUUUGCUCUGAUCUAGAGCGAAUUGGUCUGAUUACAGCUCUUUUCUGUCAUGGUGUGUCUGGUCAUGUUUGGGACCUCAUCAUAAGGCUGAUGAGCUCGUAAGUGGGAAAAAAUCUUACCAAUAAAUGUGUGGCAUGACUGUGAUUCUGGUUCAUGUCAGCAUAAGUUGUAGUUGUGUGCAUAGGUGCAGUCCAGGUCAGUGUCAUCUAUACCUCUGUGCCUCUGGCUAAAGAUUAUCUUUUUCCAGAGUUUAAUACUUAUACGAAGCUCACUUCUACAAAAUGGCAGCUGUGCGAAAUAAGUUAAAGUUUAAGGCAUAAUAAGGAAUAAUAUCAUUUACCAAGACUUGUUAGGAUUUGAUAAUAAACCAAGGGAUUGCAUUUUACACAUGCCCUUUUCUUUCUGCUCAUUAUCCGAAUGACAUUGCUGUUUUAGGUACAAGCAGACAUUAAAAGAAACAAUAUACUAAACACUGUACACAUACUUAACUCUCCAUCAGGAUCCAAACUUUGGCCAACUAAAGCCAGCACUUUGCAGAACUGUUCAACAUUUAGAAACUAGUAAAGUGAAAAGUGAUGAGACCAGAUUAUUCACUUAUACAAAUCUUAAAGAAAUGGAGAAUUUAUCAGGCUGCAGUGAGAUCAGACUAACACUCAAAGAUGUGGAACCAGUGACCACAAGAUGUUAAGAAAACCUUUGUGCAUCUAUCCUUCAAGACCCGCCUGCACCAGAUUUUGAGAAUUUUCAUUCAAACCUGUUGCUAGCUUAUGUGCUGUUUUUAUAUGAAAUAAACAGAUUUCAGAUUGUUCUGGAUGCCAUUCAACUAUAGCUAUGUCAAUCCCACAAUGCUGCAUGGCAGGGCCACAAUUUUUUAAUGCAUAUUUUCCUUUCUGAACAUUUUCACAGGCUUUAACGACAGUGUUUAUUACUUUUAACAUGUUUUAUCUUAAAUGUUGAUUGCGAUGCAGACUGACAAAAGUGUGCUUAAAAUUUCUUUUUUUUCCUAGUUAAAUGCUGAUUGUAAUCCAGUCAAAGGUAAAUUUUAGCAUUUCAAGUUACAUGUUGAUUGUAACUAGGACUGAGGUACACUCAACAGGUUAAAAAGGAACAAUGGUUGGCUAUUUAAUGACAGGUUUAGGCAUUACAUGAAUUAUGCCCAAGCGUCAGCUGGAUGUAACAUAAGCUUACGCCAUAAACUUGAUGAGUGACAGGCUAAUGUGCUUAAUCUUGACUGUUGUACUGGGACAUUUUUGACCACUGUAUGCCUCCAUAAUGCAGAAAUAAAGGUGGUUAGAGGA